UGUUGCACCAUCUGGAAAGAAACUGCGUUCAAUGGUCGAGAUCCAAAGAUACCUGGAAGAAAAUCCAGAGUAUGUUGAGCGUGGGGUGAACGUAUCACAAUUUUCGUUUCAGAUCCCUAAACCUCUCCAAGAGAAUUAUGUGAAGAAACGAAAUGCACGUUUGUUGAAUGCUAGUGAUGGCUCUGGUUUGGGUUUAUCAGGGCUACCUGAACCUGUUGAAGCAUUCCCUCUAUCUUGGGCCGCUCCACCAACUCAACAAGAAGCUGAGACCGAAGAACCCGAGCCCGCUUCUGAUCUCCCUUCUUCCGAAUCUUUGCCUCACACCAGAAAGAGAAUCGCCAAAGAACAAGUUCGAAGGCCGUCGUCAAAGAAGAUGUGCGCGAGCCCCCAGGACAUUCAAUGAAACCAACUACAGGCCCUCAAUGAACUCCUGAGAAAUUUGACCACAGAUGAGUAUUUACUUCUGAGAAACAAAGAAUGGCAAUUUCCAUGAUGUUUAUUUUGUUUAGGAAAAAAAAAUGGGCUUUGAAAUGGCAUUGAGGAUGCUGUUAUUUUUGGUUCUGUAUUGGGAAAUUCAGGGCCGUAAACAAAUAUGUCAUGUCAUAGGUUCACUUUGCUUAAGCACUGUUCGUUUAUUUCUUGGAGAAAAAGCCUUUUGUUAGGGACUAAGUGCUAGUUUGAAUGUCAAAAUUUGUAUAGAUUUGCAGAUUGUAAUGCUUAUUUGUCUCAAAGUGGCUAAUUGUGAUGCUAAAUGUUGCCUCCAAAAAAUUAAGUUUUGGUAUGC